AUGAAGGGUACAAAGGUCACACCCAGGAAUGAGAAUGAGAACUGUGUGGGGUGGACCAUCGAUGCAGGCCUGCUGAAGCAGCGAGUGGAGCACCUCGUACCCGCCUUCCUGGGGAGAGACCCCACGUACGUCUCCACCUUCUUGGGCACGUACCCAACUUUUACUACCAACAAGGAGGUCCUGGAAGUGUUGUUUAUGAGAUACCGAUGCUUCCAUCCGGAGGCUGAGGAGGAUGGCGGACCCCGGGAGCAGGAGAAACUGGCCAUCUCCUCCAUCUUGGGCACCUGGCUGGAUCACUACCCCGAGGACUUUUUCCAGCCUCCAGAUUUCACCAGCUUGAAGUUGCUGCAGGCAUAUGUAGGGGUCCACAUGCCGGGCUCCGAGCUGCAGCGCCGCGCCCGCCUUCUCUACUCAUGGCAGAAACACCCCAUGGCACCAGCUCCAGAGCCACGUUCAGACGUCCCUCAGGAGCGAGCCCCCGCUAUCUCUGUGGUACCCACUGCAGCCUCGCAGCCCAGGCUGCCUGAAGCCACCAGUUCUCCUGGAGCUCGGUGCGUACGACAAUCGGAGACCCUCACUGCAGCGUCCCCACCGGGGCAGGAGGUACUCCCAGCUCUGGCUGACAGUCAGGAGCUGGAAGAGCCACCUGCCCCUUUGGUGGACCCAGAGCAUGAGCAGCCCCCAGCCCCAGCCGGCGGGGUCACGGAAGGGCUGCAGCAACCACCUCCUGCAGCUGAGCAACCAGCCUCAGCUCCCCAACAGCGGCUCACGUCCGCUGCAGCCCCAAAGGAUGAAUUCCCUGACCUUGUCAUUGCGUUCUUUGUCAUUUCUGUAGUUGUUAUAGAGAUGGUCUUUCGGGGGCGCCGGGGUGGGGGCAUCGCAUCGCGCUCUGCCCCUGCCAGUGCUGGCACUCCACCAGCGCGGCCAAAGACCGAGGCGCCCGGGAAGCGCGUCCCGCGCCCCGGCCUCUGGCUCCAGGAGCAGCGGGAGCAGCGGGGCCGCCACCCUCCGAGUUCCUGCACGACCAGCAAGGCUUCCACUGUCACAGUGGACUCCAUCCUCCGCAUUUCUGCCACUAUCAGAUCUUGCUUCUCCUCCCCUCACUGUUGA